AGUCAUUUGGGUAAAAUUUGGAAGAUCUCACUCAACCCCUUCUGGUGCCGCAUUAGGGUUGAAAUAUGGAAAAAGGGGUAGUUUUUUGUUUUUUUUAUUUAAUUCAGAAGGUUUAGUAUUUAACGAAAAUAUGUAAAGAGCUAAAUGAUAGAUUUUAACAUUGUCUAUAAAAAAUCAUAUAACGUAAAUUCUCGUAAGUCCAUUGGUUUUUAUGAAAAACUAUAUAAUAAAAAUGUUCAAUGUAUUGUAAUUUGUAAUAUACAUUUUUCUCGUUUAUUUAAAAGCAUAUAAUAUAAAUAUAUAUCGAUGUAUGAUAACAGUACAAUUUUUAUUUAAUAUGUAAUAGUUAAUCAGUCGAAGAAAUACUGUAAACAUUUGUCGGUGGCUAUGGAAAUAAUUAUUUUUAGAAUAUAACUGUUCUGUUACCCUUGUUACCACUGAAUAAUAUUGCGAAGUCUUAUCUUAUCUUAUUUUUUUCGUUGGCAGAUAUUUUUGUCAAAACAUUUACGAUAUUGUCUUCAUAGUUUAAUGUACAACACACACCAUUUUAGUAUUCGAUAAGUGGUCUAAGCGUAUUGUUUCUCUUUCGUCGUUUAAUUUAGGGAUUAAGUUGUACUUAAAAUUGAUUAAUUAUUGUUUAAUAUGCCACGGCACCGCGUUUUUCUUGUUGGAUCAAUGGACUACCAAAUUACUGGUAGUAAAUUGCCAUCUAAAAAAAAUUGUUUGAGUGUUUUAUUUUAUAAUUUACGAAUUGUAAAAUUAAGUUUGCAAGAGAGUGCAGCACUAGUUGUUGACGAGUGUUUAAUAUUUUGGAAAAAAGCUCGAAUACCUACUCAAGAUCCAUCUAAUAUUAUAAAAAAAUUGAAAAAAUUAUAUGACGAACUUGAUUAGAUAACAUUAGAAAAAAGUAAAACUAGGAAGAGUGAUUUGUGCAGAAAAAGAGAGCGAGCCUUUGAAGAUGAAUUAAACAAUUUAUUCGAUAUUGCUCAAAAAAUUACUGAAAAUCUUCCUCGAGAUGAUUACCAAGAGUUUUUAGAACUCGUUAUCAUAUUUUUAGGCGGUGUUCCACCUCGAGGAAUUGCUUUUAGGCAGCCUGGUCCAUACCAUUUAGCCAGAUGGAUGGCUAAGACCAUAUAUUCUUUAAAGCUAUACAUAUUUAAAGAUCAAUUUAAAUUAAACAGCAAAGAAGAAAAGGCGUUAAAAGAUAUUUGUUGUUUUAUAGUUAAAUGUUACGUUCAGGCUUGGUUUUCGUCACCCAAUGCAAUUGAAGCUCCACUUAAUGACAUAUUAUUUUUAAAAAAAUUAGAAGAAUAUAAAUUGUACAAUAAAAGAAUUUCAGACGUAGCAUUAAAGAAAAUAAUAAAUCAUUUGUGGUAUUUAAAUCCAGAGUGUAUUGCAUUUUCGAUAUUUGACGAUCGUGUAGAUAACAGUACGAAACUCAAAAUGGCUGAGAAAAUAUUGAGUACUUACGAUUCAAGCAUAAACGAUGACAAGGAAGAAAUCGAGUUGAAAAAAAAAAUAGCACUGAAAUUGGAAGAUGUUUCACAGUUUAUUCAAAAAGAUCUUUUAAUUGAUUUAAUAAACUCUAAAUCGAUUGGAAUGUUCAAGAGAUUUCAAAUUUCCAAACAGUUUUUAACUAUUGACCCGGCCAAUUGGAAUAAUCACGAGGACUACAAAAUAGGAAAACAAAUUAUAAACUCACUAAAAGUCGUGAAUGACACAGCUGAGAGGGGAGUCAAGCUCGUUGAAGAAUAUAACAAGAAAUUCACAAAAAACGAAGGACAAAAACAACUUGUUUUACAAACUGUUCAAGACUACCGGAAAAAAUACCCGCAAAGUGACAGACAAACGCUGAAGAAACCAUUUUAGUUGUCAUUAACUAAUUAUACUUACCAAAAAUUUGAUGAAAAAAAUUCAUAUUGGUAUUUCUAUUUUUAUGUUGUAAAAAUUACACGAAAAUCAAGUAAAUAAAACCAAAACAUUACAGAAUCUUAAGACUUUUUUAGCCGUAAUUUUUUUUUUAUAUUAUUUAAUUCUGUAUAAUUGUUACUCAACAUAUUUUGUCAUAUUAUAUCCAACCGUACGUUGUACAUAUUUGUACAUAUUUAAAAAACCAAAAAAAUCCAAUUUCGUUAAAUAUAUACAAUAUUUUGUAAACUAAUAAGUUUUCUUAAAAACCAAUGGACUUACGAGAAUUUACGUAAUAUGCUUUUUUACAGCCAAUGUU